CUUAGUCCACAUGACCCGGAAGUGCUUGCACAUGGCGGCGCUGGGGUUGUGAAGGUGACAGUCGCCCAUUCAAUAUGGCAUACGCAGGGAUUCUCAGCGUUGCCUCCACAACCUUGAGAUGGGGGUUCUCCUCCCUUUCCCGGGCUCUAGCUCUACGUACAUGCCCUGUUUUUGUGCCCCAGGAAUCCAGAGCCAUGGCCACGUUAAACCAGAUGCACCGGGCAGGAAAACCUAAGCUCCCACCCCCCAAGUUGGGUCCCACUGGUGGCAACCCGCAGCUUAAGGGAGUGGUGCUGAAAACCAUGAUCAGGAAGCCCAAGAAACCCAACUCAGCUAACCGCAAGUGUUGCCGUGUGCGGUUGAGCAACGGAAAAGAGGUUGUGUGCUUCAUACCCGGAGAGGGACACAACCUUCAGGAACAUAAUAUUGUGCUUGUGGAGGGUGGGCGCACACAAGACUUACCUGGUGUUAAAUUAAAAGUAGUAAGAGGCAAAUAUGACUGUGCUCAUGUCAAGAAAAAGAAAUAAAUAGCAGAAUCAUGGACCCAAUUAGGCUUGACCGGCCAAAAAUGUAUAUGGAUAAGGGAAACUUCACGUUACCACAAUUGAAUGAGACUUUCAAUUUUGUGUUCCUUAACUGUUGCUCAGUUCUAAUAUUUUUCAAUGAAAUAGUAUUUCGUUACCAUGGAAGACAUUUAUUCGAGGCAGUGUUUUCUCAGUAAAGCUGAAGGACUAUGUGCGUAUUUAUACUAUUGCUACUUUUGUUCAGCCACAGUUAUCAUCAGCUUGACAUGGCCGAGGUCUAAACAAACUGGUCAUUAAAGGGAUGCUGAACCCAAUUUUUCUUUCAGGAUUCAGAUAGAGCAUACAAUUUUUAAGCAACUUUCUAAUUUACUCCUAUUAUCAUUUUUUCUUUGUUCUCUUGCUAUCUUUAUUUGAAUGUAAGCUUACUAGCCGGCCCAUUUUUGGUUUAGCACACUGGAUGGCGCUUGCAGAUUGGUAGGAACAUUUAGCCACCAAUCGGAAAGCUGUACCCAGGUGCUGAACUAAAAAUGGGGCGGCUCGUAAACUUAUAUUCCUGCUUUUUUAAAUAAAGAUACCAAGAGAACAAAGAAAAAUUGAUAAUAGGAGUAAAUUAGAAAGUUGCUUAAAAUCGCUGCUCUAUCUGAAUCCUGAAAGAAAAAAAUUUGGUUCAGUAUUCCUUUAAGGGAAAACGCCCCACAGUCAUACUGUAAGUCUAAAAACAACGGGGCUUUAUUUUACUGUCACAGGAUUAUCGCCUUCUUUUCAGCAGUCGCUGGGACCGUAUUUGCCAGGUAGUUCUUAUGUUUGAGGGGCACAGUUUUAAUUAGUUUCAGCUGUGAAAAUGCUACAUGGUUUUCACUACAUAACUGAAGUGACAGGCAACUAUGGUCAUAAUAUAGGUGAUUUAUAUAGUAAUUGCUAAAUUUGCUAAUUCCAAAAUUAAGAUCAUGUUUAAAAUAUUCAUGUUUGACCUGUUACAACUGUUGCAUAGUUAGCAAGCUUGUCCCAUUGCCACUUGUUUUGUAAAAAUUCCCUUAAUAAAUAUUUUUCAUCUAUAAA